ACCCGGCAGAAAGCAAGCACUGACUGACGACACUUCCUCUCGUACUCGAGGUACUCAGCCACCCACAACGAGCAAGAUGGGCUUCGGGUGGAGUACGCACGCAGUGCUUCUGGUUCUGGUCUUGCCGGCUGUUCUGGGCUCCGUGUACCCCGAGCAGGUUCACCUGUCGUACACAGAUAAACCUAGCGAAAUGGUCGUGACAUGGGUGACCCAGGACAAGACUAAAGAAUCCAAAGUAAGGUUUGGUCAGUCAAGUCUGGAAUACACAGCAGAAGGACAUACGACUACCUUUGUGGACGGCGGUUCUCAGCAUCGUAAGAUAUACAUUCAUCGUGCCAGACUUCAUGGUCUGAAGCCAGGAGAGAGCUAUGUGUACGUGGUAGGAGGACCAGAAGGCUGGAGCAAGCAGUUUAACUUCAGGGCCAUGAAGGAUGGCAGUGACUGGAGUCCUAAGAUGAUGGUGUACGGCGACAUGGGCAGCAGGAACGACCGAGCUCUGCCUUACCUUCAACACAACGCACACACCGGACACUUUGAUGCUGUCCUGCACGUGGGGGACUUUGCUUAUGACAUGCACGACGAUGAUGCCAGGGUAGGAGAUGACUUCAUGCGACAGAUAGAACCCAUUGCUGCCUAUGUGCCCUACAUGACUUGUGUAGGAAACCACGAGAUUGCAUAUGACUUUGGCAACUACCGUCACCGGUUUACAAUGCCGGGUGGGGAUGGUACCGGAAUGUACUUCAGCUGGAACAUCGGCCCCGCCCACAUCAUCAGCUUCAACACAGAAGUGUACUACUACCAGUCUGCCACCCAGAACAACAUCAGACGACAGUAUGACUGGCUGCAGGAGGACCUUAGGAGAGCCAACCAGCCAGCCAACCGUAGAGAGAGGCCGUGGAUCAUCACCAUGGGACACAGACCCAUGUACUGCUCCAACGACGACGACGACGAGAUGUGCCGCAACCCCGCCAAUCCUAUACGCAAUGGCACCGCUGCCUUUUGGCCAAACCUGGAGGACCUGUUCUACAAAUAUGGAGUGGAUGUGGAGUUCUAUGCACAUGAACACUCCUACGAACGACUGCUGCCUGUGUACAAAGGAAAGGUGUGCGGGGGAAGCAGUGAACCUUACACCAACCCACGAGCACCAGUCCACAUCAUCACCGGCUCAGCGGGAGACAAAGAAGGUCAGGAUCGGUUCCAGUAUCACCCAGCAGCAUGGAGUGCUUUCCGUAGUGAUGACUACGGCUUCACCGUCAUGGACAUCGUCAACUCCACUCACCUGACUCUCCACCAGGUGUCAUCCGACAAGGGAGGACAGGUCAUCGACAGCAUGGUCCUCAUCAAGGAAAAACAUGGCGCUGGGUCCUACACGUGCGAGUAAGAGGAUCGCCAGAAAAUAAAGCAGAAAAGGGACAACUACACGUGGCAACAAAACCCCGGUCUACUCCAUAAAGAGCAUUCAGCUUAGAAACACAACAAAGAAAUGUAUUCCAGCCAAAGAUUGGUCCUCCAACAGCAGACAUGUUCUGGAAGCGUUUCAUGCAUGCUUACAGAAACUUUCUUAUAGAAAACUUACAUGCAGGACUGCGCAUGUCUUGCUCUUGGCAUCAUACAGAUAAAUGACAUUAAGACUUACUUUGUAAACUACACUCCGCCAAUCUCUGUGACAGGUGACAAUAAAUCUGGUUAGUAAAGCAA